AUGCCGAGGAGGAGGAGACCUCCACGCCCAGGGGCCAUCGCGGAACUACCGCCCCUCCGGAUCGCCUCACAGAUCGCCCUCCUCCAGCUCCUCUACUACUUCGGCGCCAUCGUUCUCAUGCUGUUCACCGCUCUCGUAGCGGGUGUUUCUUUCGACCUGGACCUCGUAUUCGGCUGGGAAGCUGUCCGAGGCGACACGACGCAGGGCUGGCUUUUCGGUUUCGUCUGGGUUCUCAACGGCGGGUUCUGCAUGGCGAUCGCGAUCAUCCUCCUCAUAUCCCGCUCCAAGCUCGUCCCCGACUUCGCGCUGACGCUCCACGGUCUACACUUGGUCAUAACGUCGGUCUAUAGCUCGCGCAUUCCCCGGAACGUGAUGUGGUGGGUCGCCAUGAUGGCCUCAUCCGCGCUCUGUGUCGGGUUGGGCGUAUGGGGCAGCCAAUGGCGGGAGCUGCGGCCGAUUUUCUUUGGCGGCGGCAGCGGCGGCGGAGGCGACAGCGGCGGUCAUAGAACGCACCACGAUGAGCGGACACGGCAUGAAGACGGAGGGCCGGUCGAGGAUGGAGACCUAGAACGGGGCGUCUCCAGAGGACGGGGAAGAGGAAGGGGGCGGGAUGGGGGCGGAGAAUACGAGAUGGUGAGCAUGAACGGAGACGGCGCUACAUGA